AUGCAAACCAAUCAGAAUCUUCAAAAUGCAGUGAACAAACUAGAAGUACAAGUUGGGCAGAUUGCAUCCUCCUUGAGUAAUAGAGCAUCCGGAACUUUUCCGAGCCAAACGGAGGUGAAUCCAAGGCAUCAUGAGCAAGUUAAAGCAGUGCACAUCUUGAGAAGUGGUAAACAAGUUGAUAAUAAGGUUGGAGAUGCCAAUGAAGAGCAAGAAGAGGGAGAAAAUGUGGAGAUCAUUCAGCCACCACAAGGGCAGCCCACAGUUGAUAAUAAGGUUGGAGAUGCCAAUGAAGAGCAAGAAGAGGGAGAAAAUGUGGAGAUCAUUCAGCCACCACAAGGGCAGCCCACAGGUUCCGCCAAACAACCCCUUAAUCCUUCUGGAAGGAGGACAGGCCCUAAGGUAUCAUCUAAUGCUAAUCAAGUUCCAAUUUCAACUAAUGCUUUUAGGCCUAUUGCACCCUUUCCCAGCAAGUUAUCAAAGUCAAAGAAAGAUCAAGGCUUGGGUGAGAUAAUGGAAACAUUCAAGAAGGUGCAAAUCAACAUCCCAUUGCUCAAUGCCAUUGCUCAGAUUCCAAAGUACGCAAAAUUUUUGAAGGAUCUAUGCACUAACAUGAGGAGAUUCAAAGAGCAUGAACAGGUUGCAUUGAGUGAAGAGGUAAGUGCAGUGUUACAAAGAAAGUUACCUCAAAAGCUAAAGGAUCCAGGUUCGUUUUUUAUACCUUGCAUUGUUGGUGAUUUCAAGAUUCAAAAAGCUUUGCUUGAUCUCGGUGCAUCUAUUAACCUUAUGCCAUAUCAUGUUUAUGAGAAACUUAACCUUGUUGAGUUGCAAGCCACAUCUGUGACCAUUCAAUUGGCAGAUAGAACUAUUCGAUAUCCCAAGGGGAUUUUGGAAGAUGUGUUGGUGAAAGUAGAAGGUUUAAUCUUGCCAGUUGAUUUCUUAGUCUUGGAGAUGGAAGAAGCACCAAUUCCUGACAAUGGAUUGCCCCUUAUCUUUGGCCGACCCUUCAUGGCUACUGCUAAGACCAAGAUCGAUGUAGCACAAGGCACUCUCACCAUGACCGUUAAUGGGGAAACUAUUGCAUUCAAAGUGUUUGAUGCCAUGAAUCUACCAAAUGAUGUUUAA